UUCACUAUCUGGGGUCUCCCGAGCAUGGUUCUGGGUCCCCUUUGAGCAGCAGCAAUCUCUUGCUUUUGCUCUCGCUUUUGCUGAUUGUGGCAAGAAGAUACCGAAUUAAAAGCCGCGGGAGGUGAGAGGAAACACCUCACCUGCAGCCGCAGCUUGCUCCGGAUGAGGCUUCCUUACUCGCUUACAAGACAAUAGCCGAAGAAAUUAAGGAGAGGGGGGGAAAAUGACUGAUCCUUCCGUAUGAGAUAAUGGAUGAGCCCGGGAUGACCUGUUUUUUUCCUUGCGGUGGAGCGGUGCUGAAGACAGAGGGCACCAGCGCCCAGCCCACAGCCCUCGCCCCGCCGCCAGCGCGCCAGCUCGGGGCGGCCGGAGAGCCGCCGGUGCCCGCUGCUCCGGGCGGGCACGGAGCCACCGCCUCGCCCGGCCAGCAGGUUAAAAGUCAGUAGGAUGACGGCUGCCUUGGCACCUUCGAGAGCAAUGCUGUAAGACUUCGCUGUGAUGGUAUUUGGAGCAACUUGGGCGCUGGCGGGGGGAAGCGCAUGCCAUUUCCUACAUGUCCUUAAAGCAUGUGCAGGCAAGAGGAGCCCGUGAAAUUCACAACCUGGGUUUGGAUGACAUCGUGCAACACCAUGAUUGGCGUGCUGCUGGUCUUUUUCCCUGCUCUGUUCCUGGAGAUGGACGUGCUGCCCAGGAGCGUCGGGCGGAAGGUGCUUCUCUCUGCAGCCUCCUCGCAGCGGUCAGUAGCUCGGAUGGACGGGGAUGUCAUCAUCGGGGCCCUCUUCUCCGUCCAUCACCAGCCGCCGGCUGAGAAAGUACCCGAGAGGAAGUGCGGAGAAAUCCGGGAGCAGUACGGCAUCCAGAGAGUCGAAGCCAUGUUUCACACUUUGGAUAAAAUUAACGCCGACCCCGUCCUGCUGCCUAACAUCACCCUGGGCAGCGAGAUCCGAGACUCCUGCUGGCACUCCUCGGUGGCCCUGGAGCAAAGCAUCGAGUUCAUACGGGACUCCCUCAUCUCCAUCAGGGACGACCGGGACGGAGGCACCCGCUGCGUUUCCGACUCGCAGCCCCAGCUCCAGGGCAGGGUGAAAAAGCCCAUCGCGGGGGUCAUCGGCCCCGGCUCCAGCUCGGUCGCUAUCCAAGUUCAAAACCUGCUCCAGCUCUUCGACAUCCCCCAGAUCGCUUACUCCGCCACCAGCAUCGACCUGAGCGACAAAACGCUGUACAAAUACUUCCUCAGGGUGGUCCCCUCCGAUACGCUGCAAGCCAGGGCCAUGCUCGACAUCGUCAAGCGUUACAACUGGACCUACGUCUCCGCCGUCCAUACGGAAGGGAAUUACGGGGAAAGUGGAAUGGAAGCCUUCAAAGAGCUGGCUGCCCAAGAGGGUCUCUGCAUUGCUCACUCUGACAAGAUUUACAGCAACGCUGGGGAAAAGAGCUUUGAUCGCCUGCUACGCAAGCUGAGGGAAAGGUUGCCCAAGGCUAGAGUGGUGGUUUGCUUCUGCGAGGGAAUGACAGUGAGGGGGAUCCUCAUCGCCAUGAGGCGCCUUGGAGUGCUUGGGGAGUUCCUGCUGAUUGGAAGUGAUGGUUGGGCAGACAGAGACGAAGUCAUUGAAGGUUACGAACCUGAAGCAAAUGGAGGCAUCACCAUCAAACUGCAGUCUCCAGAGGUCCUGUCAUUUGAUGACUACUAUCUGAAGCUGCGCCUGGACACCAACACCCGCAACCCCUGGUUUCCGGAGUUCUGGCAGCACAGAUUUCAGUGCCGCAUCCCAGGGCAUCCGCUAGAGAAUCCCAACUUCCAGAAGAACUGCACUGGCAAUGAGAGCCUAGAAGAAAACUAUGUGCAGGACAGUAAAAUGGGAUUUGUCAUUAAUGCUAUAUAUGCUAUGGCUCAUGGACUGCAAAAUAUGCAUCAUUCCCUUUGCCCUGGACAUGUUGGGCUGUGUGAUGCUAUGAAACCAAUUGAUGGCAGCAAGCUCUUGGAGUUCCUCCUCAAAUCCUCAUUCAUUGGUGUUUCUGGAGAAGAAGUUUGGUUUGAUGAAAAGGGAGAUGCCCCUGGAAGGUAUGACAUCAUGAACCUGCAAUACAUAGAGCCCAACCGCUAUGACUAUGUCCUCAUUGGGACCUGGCAUGAAGGUGUGCUCAACAUUGACGACUACAGGAUUCAGAUGAAUAAGAGUGGAAUGGUCCGAUCAGUGUGCAGCGAGCCUUGCUUGAAGGGCCAGAUUAAGGUGAUCAGGAAAGGAGAAGUGAGCUGCUGCUGGAUUUGCACUGCUUGCAAGGAGAAUGAAUUUGUUCAGGAUGAAUUCACAUGUAAAGCCUGCGAGCUUGGCUGGUGGCCGAAUGCUGACCUGGCAGGCUGUGAACCCAUCCCUGUAAAGUACCUCCAGUGGAGCAAUAUAGAGUCAAUUGUGGCUGUGGUCUUUUCCUGCCUGGGGAUCCUGGUCACCAUGUUUGUCACCCUUAUCUUUGUGCUCUACAGGGACACCCCUGUUGUCAAAUCCUCCAGCCGGGAGCUCUGCUACAUUAUCCUUGCUGGCAUCUUUCUGGGUUACGUCUGCCCUUUCACCCUUAUAGCUAAACCCACCACAACAUCUUGCUACCUCCAGCGCCUUCUGGUGGGUCUCUCCUCUGCCAUGUGCUAUUCUGCCCUUGUGACCAAAACAAACCGCAUCGCACGCAUCCUGGCAGGCAGCAAAAAGAAGAUCUGUACCCGGAAGCCACGUUUCAUGAGCGCAUGGGCCCAAGUGGUGAUUGCUUCCAUUUUGAUCAGCGUGCAGCUGACACUGGUGAUCACACUGAUCAUCCUGGAGCCCCCGAUGCCCAUCCUCUCCUACCCCAGCAUUAAAGAAGUUUACCUUAUCUGCAACACCAGCAACCUAGGUGUCGUGGCUCCUGUGGGCUACAAUGGACUCCUCAUCAUGAGCUGCACGUACUAUGCCUUCAAGACUCGCAAUGUGCCUGCCAAUUUCAAUGAGGCCAAGUACAUUGCAUUCACCAUGUACACCACUUGUAUCAUCUGGCUGGCCUUUGUGCCUAUCUAUUUUGGGAGCAACUACAAGAUCAUCACCACCUGUUUUGCAGUGAGCCUGAGCGUGACAGUGGCACUGGGGUGCAUGUUCACUCCUAAGAUGUAUAUCAUCAUAGCCAAGCCUGAGAGGAAUGUCCGCAGUGCCUUCACCACCUCAGAUGUGGUGCGUAUGCAUGUCGGGGAUGGCAAGGCACCUUGCAAGUCCAACACUUUCCUCAACAUAUUCCGGAGAAAGAAGCCAGGGGCCGGAAACCCAAAGAAGAGGCAGCCAGAGUUCUCGCCCACCAGCCAGUGUCCGUCGGCACAUGUGCAGCUUUGAAAAAUCCCACACUGCAGUGAAUGUUUCUAAUGGAAAGUCUGUGUCAUGGUCUGAACCAGGUGGAAGACAAGCUCUCCAGGGAGAACACAUGUGGCACAGACUCUCAGUGCAUGUGAAGAACCAGGAUACAGGGUGCAAUCAGACAGCGGUGAUCAAACCCCUCACUAAAAGCUACCAUGGCCAAAGCAAGAGCCUGACUUUUACUGACAUCAGCAGUAAGACUCUGUACAAUGUGGUGGAGGAAGAAGGCAGAGAGCCCAUUCGCCUCAACCAGCCCAGCAGCCCCUCCAUGGUGGUGCACAGGCGGGUGGCGACGACCCCCCCACUGCAGGACACAGCAGAGGAAACCCACCUCUUCUUGCCUGAGCAGUCCCCCAAGACCCUGCCUCUGCAGCCACGGUCUCUCAUGGACCAGCUGCAAGGAGUGGUCAACAAGAUUGCCACCGGCAUUCCCGACUUCAAUACUGUCCUCCCCGCAACUGGCUCGGGGAACGGUGUGCGGCCCCCAUACCAGCCCCCUCCACCGCAGCAGCCAUCCCUGUCCCCUUUCCCAGUGGCUGCCUUCAGCGAGGAGCCCUUGUCUCCCCCAGCUGAGGAAGUGGAGAGCGAGAAGCUGAAGCUCAUUCAGGGAUACGUCUACGAGAAGAACCCAGAGGAGGAGGACAAGGAGUUGGCGACCAGCAAACUGACUCUGGAAGACUCUCCAGCACUGACACCCCCAUCUCCAUUCCGGGAUUCAGUGGUUUCAGGCAGCUCCGUGCCCAGCUCCCCUGUCUCAGAGUCGGUGCUCUGCACACCCCCAGAUGUGACCUAUGCCUCUGUCAUCCUGAGGGAUUAUAAGCAAAGUUCAUCCACCCUGUAAACACUGCAAGAGACAAGAUGAGAAGGACUUUGGAGCUGCCCAUUGGGAGGUCCUAGGGAGACAAGUCUCCCAGGGCUGGGGUGAGAGAGCGCAGAGAACGAAGUCACAUAUGACAGGGCCAAAACUUCAUCCUGUGCUUAAAUAAUUAAAAGGACACAAAAAGAAAAAAAAUCUAUUCUGAGGGCUCAACAUUCUCUAGCUGUUAAAAAUAAAAAUAUUGUACUUUGAGAAAAAGAUAGGAAACGAUAACAAAGCACAAACCCAAGAGACAACUUCUAUAGCAAAAAAUGAAUAAACACACAGGAUAAAGAAAAUCACACUUAGACACACCUUCUCUUGGCAAUGCUUGAAAAGGACUCUGGGAAGUGUGACCUGGAGAAGUCAUUAGCACAUCUCAUGACUGCUGGCUGUCUGCUACAGAAGCAACACACCCAGGAGCUGGAAGGGCAGAGUGUGGUGAGGAGGAACGAAGCUAGUUGUAUAUGAGACAUAUAGACAUGAAUAUUUUUUUCCUGGUUUCUGUAGGUGGUAUAACUGCGUGAUAUGUUUGGGGGAGAGGACCUGUGAUAAUGUGAAAGCACAUGGCUCUUACUGACUUUUGUCUGAAGAAUUUGUUCUUCAUGCUAGGCUGCUUUUUGGGGGAUCUGGGCUUUUUUUAACAAUGAUUGUGAACAGAGUGAAAACUAUGACCAAGUUAAGACUCAAGAGGUUUCUGAAGAAAGCCCUUGCUGUAAUAUGAUAAGGACUUAGAAAAACUGCCCUUUUGUAUAAGAUUGAAAACCAUGUGGCUAAACUGUUACACAACAUUUCCUGUAGCAGAACAAUAUUUAUUGACUAACUUUUCAUAAUGCAACAUAUUUGCCAUGUGAUUACAUCUUUCCUUUGUGUUACUUUGGAAUCAAAUACAUUGGAAAAUAGCUGUAUACUUAGAGCAACAACUAUUACUCUGGAAGAAAGGCAAUUCCAUACCAGGCGUUAGACAGUCUCGAAGCAAGAGAGUGAGCGUACGUUUGUGUUUCUGUAUGCGUGUGUAUGGUAUGCGUGAAGCGUAAUGUCCAGUAACUACCACUGGAAGAUUGUCUUAUAUACUAUGAAUAUUUUUAUGUUUAAAUCAUGUUUUAUAUCACAUUGUUACAAAUAUUCAAUAGAACUUUGGAGGUUUGUAUGCUGUGCUAACACAUUUUUUUUCACAUACGAGCUGAAACAGUUGCUACCCUUAUAAUAGGGUGCUUUGUUUUGCAGGUAUUUUAUGAAGUAGACUUAUGGUAUUAAUAACCAGUGCAUUGAGAACUUGUUAUUUUACAUGUUUGCAGCAAGUGUGGUUAAUGAAAAAAAAAAAAAAAAAGAAAACACAAAAAAGAAAAAAUCUGAUUUAGAAAUCUUGCACAUGCCAGUAUAAAGGUGAGACAGGAAGAGUAAUUCAACUAUUCUGUUGCUUCAGAUAAUUUAAAAUAAAAUUAUGUUCAGACAGGAAAUUUUAUCAGUGCUUAAUGUGUGCAUAAAUUCCAAGGAUUUUUUUAUAGACAGUUUUUUUAAUCUCUUUAUGAUGUUUAGUUGCAUGUUCUUUCCAUAUGCUUUCACGUCUUCUAUUUAAUAUACAAUAUUGUAUCUUAAAGGUCACUUCUAGGCAGCUGUAGUUCUGUCAUUCAUUCCUCCUCCUCUAUCUCUCAUGUGUUUCCUAGAGAUGGGCCUAAUCCAAAGCUCCCUAGUAGCCAGCAUGUUCAAAGUCCAGGCCUAAUUGCUAUGGCUUGAACUUAAUUACACUUAUUAUUACCCUAUUUAUAAAUGUAUAUAUUAUACAUAUGCAGGACAGGAUUUUAGCUGCUGUGAACUUUGGUUCUGCUGUUCAAUUUAGACGAGGAUAUGUCCCACAGUUCUACACUUUAUAUUUCCAAAGAUAUUUUUAAGGAAUCUCUUCAUGUUAAUCUAGUUGCAAAACCUGAUUUUAACCAUGCUUCUUGUGACUUCUAUCAGGGUUUUUCUGAAUUCAGCCUAUUUCUACUAAUUUUCUUUCUUUUCACUUGAAUUUUAAGAAAUCCUGUUGCCAGUCAUCAAUUUUUCUCUCAAGAUCCAAAUCUCUUUUUUUUCCUUUAAUUAUAUAGUAGUGGUAUUCAAAGGUCUGGCUGGUGCUCAAAUCCAGAUAGAGUCUUUUUCCUCAUCCUCUUUUCGUGAUGUUUGCUGCUUUCAAUAUGACUAGUGGCCAAUUGCUGUCAUUGUGGAAAGCAUGAAAUUACUUUGCCCAAAGAUAUGGUCUUCGUCAGUAGAUUGAUGUCUUUAUAAUAAACUAAAGACAACCAAGAGUCAGUUGCUUGCUUUUUGUCUGGUUGAGCCUUUUAGGGGGAUAUUUUUCAUUGUUGUUUCUGUUUUUUACGUGCUGAUUACUCAUUAAAACAGUGAGAAAAAUCUUAUUUUCUUCGCUGAUCACCACACAGGCAAUGAUUCUAUCUUCUUCUAAUCUUAGUAUAAGAUUUGUUGAGCUGUUUGCAAAACCACACAUUGUUAGUAAGCACAGAACUUGUACUAGGAAGCUGGUCUUUGAAGAAAUUAGAUAGAUAAGAAAAGGAAACAUAAUAGAUUUGUAUACAUGGGGAGACCGCAAUGUGGCAAAGUACGAUAUUGUUUUCAUAUGUGUCUGUUUUGAACAUAUUAAGCACUGAUUUUAUUACUGCAAUGUAAUUAUAUCAUGAGUAGGAGUUUUCUUGAAAUUCAGUAUAUUAGCUUUUAGUUUGUAAUUGUUAAAACUGGAAACAUACACAUACGUAAAUAUAUCUAAAAAGCAAGAACUCACCUGAUGUAUGUAGUUGUAUGAACUAUGAAGCUUCCUGUAAAAGUUCUUUCUUUUGGCCUGUCAAAUGCUUGAUGAAAACUGCUUUUUUGUCAAAAUGAUCUUGAAAAUGCUGUAAAAUAAAUAUUUUCUAUUUAUUAUUUAAAAAUAGAA